AUGCGCAGUAACAAGCGUAGGGUCUUACCCAAUUCGAAGGAAUUGAUUGUCAAUUAUAACAAACGGACACCUCCGGAGACCAUAUCAGAGCACAACGAUCCUUUUAGAGUAGACUGGACUGAGAUUCCUGCCGACCCGAAAGAAGCCCCAGGAUUUUUUACUGGGAAAGAGGCACUUAGGAUCCCAGAUAAGUCAAUUCCACGUUACAAGCUCUUUUGGCCACUGCGGUAUGGCUGGUACAACGAGUCGGAGUAUCGUGAGAAGAAAGAUCUGUACAACGACAUUGCGACAGUUAUUGAAGAGGCGAUCAAGACGCAGUUGAAUCUCCGGCGCAAAAGAGACUGGGUGCAGUAUGGAUGUGUCUUCGUUGUUCCUGACCUGUAUGAAAGACACUACGUUUCUCAGACACUAGAGAUGCUGAUGAGAGACCUGGGCUUCGGUAAGGUCUGCUUCAUUCAGGAAAGUCUGGCUGCAACUUGUGGUGCAGGCUAUACGACUGCCUGCGUUGUGGAUGUAGGAGCUCAGAAGACUUCCAUAUGCUGUGUCGAAGAGGGGAUGUGCAUUGAGAAUUCUCGAAUCAAUUUGAAAUGUGGUGGUGCAGAUGUCACGGAGACCUUCAUCAGAAUGAUGCUGUAUGAUCACUUCCCGUAUGCGGACAUCAACUUGAAGCGCCGGUAUGAUUUUCUGCUUGCAGAAGAACUCAAAUAUAAGUUUUGUACCAUGAAUGAAGGAGAAAUAAGCCCCCAGCUUUUCGACUUCCACCUGAGAGCAUCUGGGCAAGACACUAGGAAGUACACCUUCAAGACAUACGAUGAGGUAUUACUGGCGCCUCAGGGCUACUAUCAACCAACGAUCUUUGACAAUUCUCAGAAGCUCAAGGGUCGACGGAAGCUCAUUGACCGAUCUUACGACCUCUAUGAGGGUGGGCCUAAUGAUCCCGUGUCUUCUGCGCAGUCUGCUGUAUUGUCACUUAUAAGUCCAAUCGUGUCAGUCAACGGCCAAACGAAUGGCGAGACGAGCAAUGGGCAGGUAGCCCUAGGUCCAAUAAAACCUUCAUCAAACCUGUUUCAGAAGAUCAACGAGACCGAGCGCACCCCAGCCUCAACAGUAGGAUCUCCUGCGCCGGAUGACGACGAUACCCCAGUACCAAUUGGUGAGACCAACACUGGAACGGAGAUCCUUGCAACCUCAGUUCGAGACGAUGUGCUUCCGGUGAUUGCUCUCGAUACCGCUAUACUGACAUCCAUCGGCCACGGAGCACGACUCGAUGAGCGCAAGACUAGGGAUUUCCUCAGUAGUGUCAUGGUCGUUGGCGGAGGAGCUCAGAUCCCAGGCUUCUACAUGUUCUUGGAGGAGAGGUUGAAAGAACUGAGGCCAGGAUUUGCGAAGGACAUCGUGAUCGGAACACCACCUAGGGAGCUGGAUCCACAAGGUGUGAUUUGGAAAGGCGGAAGCGUGUUUGGGAAGCUAAGGGGGACAAAUGACAGCUGGAUAGGUAAGACGGAGUACGACCGUUUGGGUGCCAGGCUGCUGGUUUACAAGUGUAUGUGGGCCUGGUAG